AUGGCACAAAAUAUGACAUCAUUCAAGAGCAAUCGCUUUGUGAGUGAUGAUGUAUCAGAAUUUCAACAAGCCAAUCGUAGUCCAAUAUACGGUUACCAACAUUUACCUGUGAUGACAUUAGAACAAACUGUACAAGAACUUGUUCUAUCAGUUCCUGGUCUUACAAAUUAUGUUGCUUUAGCUAAAGAAAAUUGUAAUCGAACUUCGUCUCUCUUAACAUGGGAUGAAUCAGCAGCAAUUUAUCUUUACUCCAUGCAAACAAGCUUUUUUCCAAUGCUCAAUAAAGCGCUUCGGGAUGAAAAACGACAAUUGUUGAAGCCAUGGUUUGCCUUCUUGAAAUUAUUCCUUACUGCUCUUGAAAAAUUACCAUCGUUCAACGGCACUGUUUGGCGAGGCGUUUCAGGUGAUAUCGAUUCUAAUUUUGCAAACAAUAGUGUGCAAACUUGGUGGAGUGUGAAUUCCUGUUCAAAAGAUACUAAAGUCACCGAAGCAUUUGUUGGCGAAAAGGGUGUCUUAUUUGUCAUUAAGGUGAUGCACGGCAAAGAUAUUUCUGCUUACUCAGCUAUUCAAAGUGAGCAAGAAGUCAUCAUUGUACCUGGAACUCGCUUAUGUGUGAAAAGCGAUUCUUUCAACUUUAUCGGCCUUCUCUUAAUUGUCUACUUGGAAGAAGAACCUUUAUCUAAUCAACAUAUACAAUGGUGAGUCUGUACAGAAGAUUUUAUUAAAAUGAAUCGCUUUGUAGACUAAUGAAACAGUUCUCUAAACCUCGUGGUCUUUGAGUAAGCAUAAGAAUAUAUCAAGCUCUAUUCAAUUGGGAGUCGAAAGUCCCAAUUUAAUAAGUUCUAAGUUUAAAAAUAAUACAGUUUGCCAUAAAACACUUGGAAAUUUUUCGAUUCAUAUUAUUUGCAUCACCAGACCAACAAAAACAUAUAUCAUGACGUUCCUUUCUCUGAUUUAUAUUGAGACCACAUUUAAUGAAUGUAGCCUCUUAUAUUCAAUAAUUUUUGCACUCAUUAACGUUGCACAUUCUGUGAGAUUUUUGGUGACUAUAGUGGAAGUACUUUUAUUUUUCAGUCUGUCAUUCACUGAAUGAUAAGAAAACAAAAGUCUUGGUAUUGAUAAACUUUCUCUAGUAUCGCAGCCAGGGUUGCCAGAUCGAAAACUCAAAAAUCAGAAUUUUUUUUUUCAAAAUCAGAAAACCAUCAGAAAUUUUUUUUGCAAAAUCAGAAAUUAAUCAGAAAAGUCAGUUUUUGAAAAACCUAGCGGUUAUUAUGGUAUCAUGUUGGUACAAGAUGCUCUAUUGAAUAGCUGUUCAUUAAUUCAUACUUUAUUUUCAAAGAUAUUUCGCUAUAAAAAAGCAUAAUACAAUGAAUAUACUGUUUAGCGAACAAGGAAAAACUAAUGAAGACACGUAGUGUCGAACUCUUUCGCUAAACUCAAAAUUCGUUCACAAAAAAAGUACAAAAACAAAUCACA